AUGCUAAUCGCCUUCCUUACGACUAGCUUGAAGAAUCAGUCACUCGGCUGCAACCUUCCUCCGCUUGAUGAUCACCAGAUCCGUGUGGGAAGCUCCGGCCGUUACCGGUGUUCCAUGACAGUUGCUCAGAGGCCAUCGGUUGCAGAUCCAAAAAGUGGUCGGACUGGUUGCACGAUCCGCCGACGGGUCCUCUCGCACCGGAAACGAAAAUUGGAGGCUCUAAGUGAAAUUGUAGAGCUCACCGUUGUUGAUUCAAUUAAAAGAUCCAGAAAAUCGGCUUUGAAGGGGUGGAGAUUCUGGCUCCCCCCUUCGUCUGUGUUGGACGAGGAGACCCUGUCUCCAAAACCAACGAAUUCAAAACCAAUUCCAAUGGAGAAGAAGCGACACAAUCAGCCCGGUAUGGGGCCAAAGAUACCUUCCCGUGGAAAUAAUUGCAUGCAACCCUUCGGGGAAGAUGGGCAAACGAAACCAUCUUGCGAAAGUGAUCGAGAAUUCCCCGUCAGAGAAGGUGGGCCUGUACCGCCGGCAUUAAGCCAAAUGAACCCAGGCAACGACGCCGGUACCGGGUACGAAUCGGAAUCGUCGGAUACCGGCAAAGAUUUGCAAUCCCGUAAUGCUCGCUCGGUGCUAGCUACGGAGGUUGGGAGAAAAUCUGGGCCAAAUCCCCCUGCUUUUGGGGUUGGGAAGUUCCUCGGGCUUAUCCUCCCGAAGAAACCGAACAAUUCAAAUAAAAAAAAAAAAAAGAGGAUCUCUAGAUCCUAG